AUGAGUUCGAAAUUACCAUCGAAGUCUGUAGCUACUGCAGCUGUCACUCAAUCCAUUCGGUCUGCUUCUAAGAGUGUUAAGACUUCGACGGAACUCGUCUGGACCUAUAUUAGAGGUUCAAACAUCGAAAUUCGAGAGGUUCAUGACAACAAUUAUCCAGUGUGGUUCUGGUGGCUGAUUGUUGCUGGAUGCAUGAUAUGUUGUAUAAGUUGUAUGGCAUGGGUCGUUUGUGCUCUGUUCUUCUUCAAAAGAGAGAAACCAUGUACUCAUACUGUCCACGUUGUCGUUGAUCAUGAAGCAGGUUCUCCUAGAAAACAAACAAGAUCUCCGAAGAAAGAAGAAGAAGCCGUUCCAGAUGGACCAUCUCCAAAUGUGAACCCUCCAACAGAUGGAAAUGGAUCAUUCACUAAUCCACUGACUCCAGAUUACGCCAGAUCAUCGAAACGAUCAUCGAGAAAAGAAGGGGGAGCUCCAAAGAAACCGGAACCACUUCCUGAUGCGGCAGGAGGAUCGAAGAAGUCUGCAAAGUCUGGAAAAUCUGGAAAAUCUUCUGGAUCCAGAAAAUCUUCUAAAAAUGGAUCCAAAAAGUCAUCGAAAAAUUCUUCGAAGAAAUCAGGAAAAUCGUCGAAAUCGGCUGAACCAAUAGAUAGACAAGAUGGUGGAAAAGACAAAGAAUACUGUAUUGAAAUGGAUUCAAAUGACAUUGAAAUGGCGUCUGAACCAAUCAAAUACGGGUUCUUUCAAAAGAUAUCCCGUUCAAUGUUCCACUCAAAAGGUUGCUAG